AUAGUUUUAUUGAACUACCCGAAGUUAUUAGUAAACUUAAAAUAAUCGGCAAUGGACAUCCAAAUGCUAAACGAGUUUAUCAAUUUCUUCUUGCAUUACGGAUAACAGUGGCAACAAAUGAAUGUUGUUUUUCGAAGUUAAAGUUAAUUAAAAAUAAAUUAAGAUUCACAUUGACGACUGAUAAAAUGGAAUGGUUAAUACUUUGUUCAACUGAAAGAGAUUUAUUAGAAAAUAUUAAUUUAUCGAACGUUGCUGAAGAUGGUCACGUUUAA